AUGGUGAGGACCAAGCUGAAAUCGUGCAAAGGGCCUCCUUCCCCUCAUGCUGCAGAGGCCAGCCCAAGGAAGCGACGGAAGGGGGCAGUGCCCACAGGAAAUACCACCCUGCCGGCCAUCAACAAAGUCAAGGAAAGGGCCAAGCAACAGCACAAGCAUGCAAAGAAGACGCGUGAGAACUACAAUGGGUAUGUGGAACGAGGACAGACAUGGCUGAAGGCACAUUUUGCUACUAGCAGGGGGGCCGUGGCAAGCAUGGAUUCAGAGACCAUGUCUAUCAGUACUGAUGCCUACGAGGAUCCCACAUUCAGAGAUGCACUCGAGAGGAUGCCCAACCAACAUUCUGACAAGGCCCUCGCACUCCUCAUCUCCUUCAAGUGUUUCCACGAGAACUGUGGCCAGAGCACAUGCGACGGGACCUACUCAGCCUUCAAAAAAUUCUGGGAGGAAGCGGAUGGAGAUACCUACCGUGGGAGGUGGCAUUUCAAUGAGGCACACCUAUGCUGGGAAGGAAACCCCGCAUCGUCAGCUGAGGUUCAAGACAUCAUCAAGUCUGUCAAGCACAAGACCAGCAGUGAGGGUGGGGACAGAACUCACUCCAUUGCAAUGUCAAAAGGAUUCAUGGAUCGAAUCCUGGCCUGGACCCACAAACUCUGCCCGCCGGAGACAUUCCUUGGGCUUAUGAGGUCAGUUCUGGCAGCAGAUACGACGAGCAUGGAACCCCUCACACUGGAAUCGCGUGAAUUGCUCACAAAGAUGACGAUGUACCAAGCAUUUAGCACAACGGCCUGGAACCUGUGGACGAGGUGCUUCGAGCUCAUCAAACUCAAACGGAAAGACUUGACCAUCGAUUUUUUCCAAGUUGGCACAACAUUCACAAGAUAUCUAAAUGGCGAGAAACUGUGCUCGAAGGACCUCCACACAUAUUUCAAGGUGUUUUUCUCCAACCGAAAAGGCUGGCAGCGGAGAGUAGACAAGGGCACGAAGGAAUCAGACCUACGAAGCAACCGGUACAAGCUCUACCCACAGCCAGACCUACCAGGCUGCGACUGCUUCUUCUGGCUCUUACUCUGGCUUACCUUUUUUGAAGUUGCCCACUAUGGUCGAAAACUCGAGCCCAAAGACUAUAUCUUUCCUGCCAUAGGUGCAAAUGGCAUUGUCCACUAUGGUGAACCUAUCUCGCAUGACACUGUUCAAGCAUGGAUCGACGAAGCAACCACAGAAGCAGGAAUCCCACGAGGCGCAGGUGACAACUUCACGACCCACACCUAUCGACGUGGUGGUGCACAGUGGCGUUGGAUGUUUGCACCUAUCGGUCAGUGCUGGACUCUCGCGAGGGUCAGGUGGUGGGGUUCAUGGGCAGAGAAUGAGAAUCGCGACACACUGAUCCGGUAUCUCCUCGACGAGCUCUCCACCUAUGAAAACGACCAUAGUGAUGCCCUCUGUCCAACACAGCGUGAAGCUGAUGCAUCUCUGCUUGGAGAGCACUUGCUUGUCAAGCCCGUCUGCAUCCAGGACCUCCAGUUGAUGCAUGAAUGCAUCUCAGCUGAUGUUGUAGGUUUGCGGAGUGACCUACGCAUCCUUGCAGCCACGCUCUACAACGGACAGCUGACUAACCUGCCCAACUCACCCAGCAGCACAGGCAUGUGCAAUGCUCCGCACUCGUCAAUUCCGCUGUCCAACCCAGGCAACCCCUGCAUCGUUCAUCACUCGUCCCAGCCACCCAGCUCUGAGUCUCAGCCACACUGCCCUGCUAUUCUCUCCUCCACUCUCCCACAGCCCUCUGCAGUCACUCAAAUCACAGACGGCGGCAUCGUUCAAGUUGGUUCCCACUCGCUAGUACUACCUGAGAAGGGACUUGUCAUCCCUGAUGUCCCAACACGACACCCUGAUGGGACCCACACCCCCAGAGCUGCCUCUUGGAGACAGAUUGUGAAGCACUGGACGGAUGAUUGGCCGCCUGAGUGGAUCCGCGGGAAGAACAAGAAGUUUUUUGCGAUGAAGUACCACCAGCACUCAGUGAUCGCACUGGAGUUUCUUGACCGGUUCAAUGGACAUGAGCCUGCAUUCCUCGCCGCAUAUCCAGAGGCCACUGUGGGCCACACAGCUUUGCUUCGGGCAAUCAACCGCGCGAAGAAGGAGCGCGGGGAUAUCAUCCCUCGAAAGUACACCAGCACGUCCAUCCGUUUCUCCCCAUCAUCCAUCCUCGUUCCCUCGCGACUUCGUCCUCUCGCUGUGUGUGCGCAGCACCCCAACCGCGGCGGGAAGGCGGGGUCACGUGACGUACACUACCGUAUAUGGCGAGCCAAGAGGUAA